AGGUACCCCUUAAAUAUUUGUUAACAUGGUCGUCACCACCAUCAGUGUCAAGUGUGUCAGGCUGGACCUCACUACCUCUGUUAUAUUCCUCCCUGUUGGCGUUACCAUUACAUUUGUGUGUGUGUAACACAUCAGGUGACUGCACAAACCAGCAAGAUGAGUAUCCAGUGGACAUUGAUUGCGGGUGUGAUGUAUGUGGAACUGGCUGUGACAAUUUUGCUCCUCAUACCAGUGAUCUCACCAUCUAGAUGGCACUCAAUCUUCAAAUCCCGCUUCCUUCGAAGCAUUGGAAAUAUGUCGCACAUUUACUUCAAAGUGUUUCUUCUACUACUCAGCCUCUUCUUUUUAGAUGCUAUUCGUGAGAUGCGCAAAUACAGCAAUGAAUUGUCUGAGCAGGGUCGGGUUGAACAUGGCAUUCAUUUGGACGCUGAAAUGCAGGCACACAUGAGGCUGUUCCGAGCUCAGCGCAACUUUUACAUCUCUGGAUUUUCUCUCUUUCUUUGGGUGGUCCUUCAACGCCUGACAACCCUCAUCUCGCGUCUUGCCGUAGCAAUGGCUGAGGGACAAGCAGCACUUAAACAGGCAAAGUCUGCUUCUGAAACUGCAGCUCAGCUCCUGAAGCAGGACAAGGCAGAGAAGGAAGAAGAUCAGCAGAAGGAAGCAAAUGUCUCGAAUGAAAUUAAGGAGUUAAUGGAAGAAAAACUCCGCCUUGAGGCAGAGCGAGAUGCGGCUCUGAAACAGGCCCAGGCUGUAGGUCGUGAAUAUGACCGCAUGUUGGAAGAGCACUCCAAGCUCCAAGAAGAACUCAAGAAAGCUUCAGGAGUUGAGGAAUCCAAGAAAGAUGAUUGAGAUAUUAUUGUAAGUGGAGUGCUGUAACACAUUUGUAUUUUUGAGGAUACUGAUAAUAUAAACAUUGCUAUUUCUACACAUUCAUGGAUGAUCAUUAGUUUGUGAAAAUUAACAUUAUGGUAUCGCCUAUUUUUUGCCAGUUAAAUGAUAUACUCUACAUAGUUACCCCUGUUGCUGGGUUUUGACGGAAAAAUUAAGUAGCGGUGAAUUUGACUUAAUGGAACAUUCUGAAGAUAAGUUUAUUGCAUUUAUUUUAAUAGAGAAGGUGGAACAUAUGUAUCAGUGCAGUUGUGUGUAUCCAGCUUUAACUUUAAGCAGGGCUUCUUACGUUUCUUAAGACAGUUGGGUACUUGUUUAGGAGUCUGUUCAGUUAACUAAAAAUUUUCUUGCUAUCCUGCCUCAUGCUGUCAUGGUUAGCACUUUACUAAUGUAAUAGAGAUUUUAUACAGAUUCUUUUAAUACCUGUCUCGCAAAAUUGUAUUGCCGCAACAUUUUUUGAUCUUGAAUAGACUAGUGAGUGAACAUAAGGCUGUGUGAAAUAAAUGCUAAAAAAAAUAUCUGCACUAGCUGUGUCUUAAAUGCUGAGAUUCUUUGCUUGGCAAAUAAACUAGCUAUUGGAUGACUAUAUUUUGACGUGCUUUACUAAGGGAAAAUAUUUGGUGUGAUGCUAUUAAAAGCUAAAACAAAUAAGUCUGCAGAUAUUAGAUAUUUGUUACAACUCCAUGUCAUCUAAUGUGUGCCAUUACAUGCUUAAUGCAGUUUUACCAUGUACCAUAAAUUGAAGGAGCAUGAAUGAGUACAUGACAAAAUGCAGGUAUACCCUUGUACAUUACACUCACAUGCACACUUCCAGGGAAGGAUCCAGGAAGAGAACAGGUAAACCCAGGAGGAGACAACAGGUAAACCCAGGAGAAUACAAGCAUCCAACUGAGAGUGUCUAGCAAACACUUUUUCAUUGUAGGACAAGGGAAGCGAAAUGAACUAGACAACACGGUUUACCUGGAGAGGGUUUUGGGGGUCAGUGCCCCCGCAGCCCGGUCUGAGACCGUGCAAGUGUCUUACACACGUGAAACAAAGUGGUUUAUUUAGUUUAGAAAUCUAAAUUAUUAACACAAGCUAAAACAUUGUAAGAGAAGAGUAUGAAAGGGAGAGGAAAAUUUUUGAACUACCAUAACAAAAAGAAAGGCAUAAGUUGUCGGUUUUAUAAUGUAGAGGAGUUGGUACAAAUGGCUUAGUAUAUUUCUUCAAACACAGAGUUGACAAAUGGAGUGAGUUACAUUAAGAUGUCUGAGACAAACUUCACAAUAGUUGAAGAGAUUAUAAUCACUGUGGGUAUCAGUUACACUUGCAUGCAUACGCUCAAUUUUUUAAACUGAAAGAUAGUCUGUAAAUUCAGAGUCUCAAACUCUUAACAUCCAUGUAUUUUAGUUACAUCUUAAGUCUUUGAUAGAUUAUAGCUUAAAAUUAAGAUGUCCAGUGUGUGUUCUGUAAAUCUUCAGGGAAAUUCUUAGCUAAGUACGUAUAAAUGCAAAAUUGUUGAACAUUUUAACAUGGUUAUCAAAUGUUAAGAUUGCUCAAUUUUGCCAAAACAUUCAGUAUUUUGUGGGAAAAAACAAAUGAACAAAAUACAGCAUUUGCUGGGCUUUAGUACUUAUUUCUUCCCUUUUGUUUUUCCUGUUUUAAUUGAUUUAACUCGCAGCUUUAAGGAACUUGAAUAUUCCGGUGUUUACGUACGGCAGUAGUUUGUUUUAAAUCAUAGAUCUGCUCGUACAAAUUAAUGUAUACAGUUUGGGGAAGACCCAAGUAUAGUACUGUAAUGCUUGACAUGAUCAUGUUGAUGUUCUUUAAAUAAUUGAAGAAUUUUCCUCGAUAGCCAAUCAGGAUUCUUGCUCUUCCUAUCUUCCACGGGAAUGGUAUACCAUAUCUUAACCCCAGGUUAUACGAGUGAAUUGUAGUGCUGUUGCUGAAUGCAAAAAUUAUAUUUUUGCACGUGUUUUCAUGAACAGAAGACGCUGAAGCAUAAGUGGGAUUGAAGAGGGAGGUAUGUUCAACACAACUUGAAAAUCAAUAUGGAAGUAUGUUAAACACGACUAAAAACAAAUCCCACCCAUUUCAUCGACCUUGGUCAUUAUCUACUGCAUAUCGUGAUGGUGACGGACAGUGCACCAUCAAAUCGGUUUCGUGAUUAUUAUUUGAAUUAAGAAACUUUACCCUUGUUUUAUUCAUCAAGCAGUAAGUUUCACCAAGCUAAUUUGAAGUUCAUUAAUUUCCCUUAUGAAAAAUCAGGCAAGUAGUUAUUGGUCAUGAAGUCUAAACUACUUAUAAGGUAACCUGUUUAUUUGUAAGAAAGUUAUACUAAUACCUUUUUGCUUAUUCUUUUUGGUUUACAUCAAAAUUUGUAUUGUUUCUCAUAUUUGGAGUAUUUCUCCACAAAUAUUGAAUACUGUAUAAUGCAUUGAGUGAAGUAUACAGUGUUUUAUUGCCAUAUGUAUAUCCAAAGAAUAAUAUUUUAUACAAAUUUUCAUUAUCUUUUUUGUUUCUCUUAAUUUUAAUGCUCCUAUUUGAUUGUCAAUAAUGCUGUCUUCAGUUACACUUGGUUUCCCUAGGGAAUUUUACAAUAUUGUAGUUCUUAUUUUGGGAUUGUUUCAAAAUAAAAGUUAAAACUUUG